AUGACUGUUUCUACGACGUUUAGUGAAGAUUUGCCAGGGUCAGAUUUAGAUGCGGAGCCAACCACACUGACUACGCAGUGGCAGCUUUUCGACGCUUUGGAACGGUACGACGACGAAGAAGAAAUUGCCUUCGUCACGCCACCGACGACUUCGGCUGAGUUGGAAGUCGCAACGUUACCCGCGGAGCGUGCACCGCAGCAACGGGAGCAACAGUAUGCGGAAUCCGUGUUGGAUUCCGAAGCCCUCGGCGACCUUCCCGUGAUCACUGAACCUGAGGAAACGACGGGAACUGGAAGGAGAGUGGGCGACCGCGAAGGCCCUCCAUCCAAUCUCCCGUACGACUUCAAUUCGCAGGACUAUCGCGACAUGGAAGAAACAAUCGAAAGAGAAGCUGCCAACGAGGACGACGACGCCGGCGACGACGGAGCAGCGACGCCGACGGGAGAUCUUCCACCUUACGCGGACGAGGAAAGUUCGCUAUUGACGCCAAACGUGAAGUGGGUGGACGCGAACUGGAAGCAGUACACUUCUGGAUUCCUUCAGGAAAACGAAAACGACGAUCUGGAGUGGGAUCCUUCUCAAGACGUUCGACGAAUCCCAGACGAACCGAAGACGCACGCGAGACCCACGUCGUCUUCGACGCCGGCGACUCCCAAAUCUGUCGCGCUUGAAGAUCUCGAUGCGCACCGUCGAGAAUCGGCGAAGGAGAACGAACGUACGUUGGAACUGGGCAACCAGAAGCUGAACGAGGUGCAGGACAAACUUGCGGAAAAGGAACGAAAACUCACCGAAGCCAGAGUCGUCAUACAGAAAUUAAAAGACGAAAUACACGAGGCGAAGAUGUCCGCUUUGAGAGAAUCGUCCGACGUUCGCAGCAUCGCGGAGGAAGAGGUUGAACGUCUGAAGACAGAACUCGCUUCAAAGACGGAUGCCCUGAAGGAAAGGGAUCUAGACGUGGUUCGCUUGGAAUCGGAUCUGAAAGCCGCGAGGAGAAAGUCGAAGCAGCCGCCACAGGAAGAGAGCGGCAGCGAGCUGCAACAAAAGCUGCAGGAAGCCGUCCGCAAACUGAAAGACCGAGAGAGAUCGCACGCCGACAUGGAAGAGGAGUUGGAAGAGAAAGACGACAAAAUCAGCGUGCUGAAGAAAGAGUCGACGCUCGCCAAGACAGCGAUGUCCAUGUACGAAAAGCGGGUGGACGUCUUGGAAGAAAACCUGAAAACGGCUUGCAAGCGAUACGACGAGGAAGUGAAAAGCAGACGGAUUGUGGAGGCGGCCGCAAAAAAGGCAGACGAGCACGCGCAAUCCAUGGCCGACAAGAACGUCGAAUUGCAGCGAGAACUGUUAAGACGGCAACCCGAAGAGUCGUUGUACGAAAUGGAAGUGAACCUCAGAGAGAAGGAGAAGUUGCGGCGAGCGCAAUCCGAUCUGGAGGAGGAACGGAAGACGGUUAUGCGAUUGAAGAGUGCGAUCGAGGACCUGAAAAAGGACCAAACGCGUCAUUCGGAGGUUCUUCGAGAGAACAGAAACCUUAAGGAGGAGGUGGAAGCAAACGCCAGGAGGAUCGAAAGUAUCGACGACGAACUUCGUGCGUCGAAACGGACACUCGGCGACAGAGACAAAGAUCGAGCAACGUCCAACCUGAAGAAGGAAAUCGCCACUCUCAGAGACGAACUUCGUGCCGAAAAGGACAAGCAGGUGGAGAGUCUGAAGGAACGGUUGGAUGAAAAAGGUCGCUCGACUGCAAACGCGAACAAGGAGAUCGCCUCCCUCAGAAACGAACUUCGUGCCGAAAGGGAAAAGGUGGCAACGGCUUCCAAGGAACGCAGCGACGGCGACGCCCGACGUUCGGCGAUUCUCGAAAAGAUCAAAGAGGAUCUGCGAUUGGCGACUCGCGAAUGGAAAGAAUGGGUCGAAGAAUUGAAGAAGGCACGCGACGAAUUUCACGAAUCCCACGUCAAGGAACUCGGAUCGCUUCGAGACGAUCUCGAGAGGGAGAAAUCGGACGCUGAAACGAAACUUGCAACGGCGAAGGCGAGCCACUCGGACGAGAUUGAAAAUCUUCAAACGCAGAUAUCUUUCCUCAAAGAAAAGGAAUCGAAACUGAGAAGAGACACAGAGAAACUGAGGCUCGCGACCGAUUCCGAACGUCGGUCGAAGGAGGACCUUGAUAGGUGGCAAGCCGAGAAGAGGUCGUGGCAAGCGACGGCCGAACGACGUUCGGCAGAUCUCGACAAUCUUCGCGACCUGCUGAAGACGUCCGAGAGAGAACGCGCCAAUCUUGAGUCCCAACUUUCGAACGUUGACAAGAAUGUAACGGAUUCGAAAGAAACGGAUUCGUUGAAGCGGGAGCUGGAAAGACAUCGACAGGAGGUCCGACAACUCGAACGACUUCUGAGCGACGAAAAGAGGGAGAAGUCGGGUGAAUGCAACGAUAGAAUGAUUUCGGUAAAGUAA